AUGGCGGCGGCGGCGGCGGCCGACGAGAUUCUAGAACUUCAGUUAAGGGCCUUUAAAUGGAAGAGGCUUGCAGAUGUUCAUGAGCUAUAUCUGGCUAAUGAACAGCUAACAGAAGCACCUGAUGUCUCGAGAUUUUCUUUGCUAAAAUACUUAUGGCUUAAUAACAACAAGAUUAAAAAGGUAACCUUCUCACCAGCAAACUAUAUCCUUUGUGAACUUUACCUACACAACAACAAACUCACAGAUAUAACAGGUUCCCUGAAGAAUGUGAAGUCAUUGCGGAUAUUAACAUUGCACAACAAUUGGCUUACUGAUGUGUUGAAGACUGUGAAGGAGUUCAGGAACUUGAAGUUUCUACACACACUGAAUUUAUUUCACAAUCCUUUGGCACUGGAACCAGAUUAUCGUCUUUAUUUAAUCUAUUACGUACCUUCAUUGCAGAACCUGGACCAGAGGGGAAUUGACCAGCAGGAGCGAGAAGCAAGUGUCGCUCUCUGUAACCCAGACCGAGUUCGAGUCAUUACAAUAUCGGGAUGGCUCAGGUCAAAUUUCCUCCGGACAAAGAGCUUUCCUCAGAAAUAAUGAAGAGAUCAAUCAUGCAGUUUUCCUGCAUUGACUGGAAAAAAAUGCCCACUGCAAAGCAGAA